AAAGGAAAAUAAAGAACCGUAGCCAAAAACCUCCUCGCUCACUUUUUUAUGGUGCGGUGCGAAAUUGAUUAUCCACGACCACUGUUCUGUUAAUAAUAAUAAAAAAAAGAAGCCCCUUUUAUAAAAAUUCACCAACAAGAGAAGAGAUACCUCUCUUUCUCUCUAUCCAUCCAUAGGAAUUCAAUCAGAUAACAAAAGGGUUUCUCUUUUUCAAUCAAAUUAUCACAUAAAGGUUGUCUUUCUGUAGAGCUAUUCUCAUGAAUUCAUGUGGACAGCUUUGAAUUGAAUAAGGCAUUGUUGCUUUGUAUUGAAUAAGGCGCUGUUGAGUUAAUGAGUGGGUGCUUGAAGUGGAGAAAAUGGCAUUGGUGACCCAUCAGAUGCAGGGUUCUUAUGCAACAUUUCCUUCGAGGCCUUUAUCUUGGAGCAAAGGGGUGAAGUUGAAGCAACGAGUAACAGAACUUCAGAUGGUAGGGAGAACAGAUAUGUGUUUUUCAGUAAAACAGAGUCUUCGUUUAAGUGCAGGGGCUUUCUCACAUGGACCUAAAGUAAAGCUCUUGAGAGUUUCAGCUUUUAAAGGCAGUGCACAAAAUGAUGAAUCAGGAGGCAGAGCUAAUGGAUCCAAAGUUUCAAAAAAAUCUGUUAAACUUUCUUAUGUGCCAAAAGAAAGUGGGGAGACCAUGAUGGACUCUUCAAAGGUGCAUAGUAUUCCAGUUUCCUAUACUUCUGAAGCAAAUGAAAGAAUUGCAGGAUCCCCUGCUAUUAAUAAAUUAUUCAAGAAAUGGCUCAGCAUGUUGCGCACACAAUCUCCAAGUCAAGUUGCAGAUGAGAUUCUGGAAGAAGGACCUCCUCCAAGGGAAGAAUUGCAACAAGCUCAAAAUACCACCCAAAAUAAGGAGAGAGUUGAUAUUGUAAAGUCAGUUUGGUAUCACUUCCUGAGUCUGGAUGCAACAAUAAAGAUACCCAUACUGACAUUCAUUCCUUUGUUCCUGGCCGUCAAUGUGAUGUAUGGAGCUGGAGUGUCGAAGGAAUUGACUCCAUUGUGGAUUUUGGGUCCCCUUAUUGUUGCUUUCUACAUCAAGUUACUCCAGGGCUUGUGGGCACUCUAUGUUUUCAGCUUUAGGCAGACAAUUAAAGUUAUAAAAAAUGUACCUACCUACUGUCUCGUGGCCUCCGGCUAUAUCAGACAAGGGAAGCUCAAAGAAGACAUACAAGGUCGUGUGUUGCAACCUCUGCAAAGCUUUAAGAACUUGGACCGCAAAGAGUUCUCAAGAAAAAAGAUGAUGGAAUUGCAAGAGUGGUUGAUGGAGAAGUACCUAGAUUAUGUGGAAUCUAUAUGGCCCUACUAUUGUAGGGCAAUCAGGUUUCUAAAGAGGGCUAAUCUGAUUUAGAUUUGGUAAUGUUAAAAUUUUAGGCAAGGGCAAAGUGUUGAGGUUGGAGUUUCUUUGGGAAAUGUUUCAAGAGUUUGAGAUUUUUGAAAAAGUGCUGGUCAAUCCCAUUUUAGCUGGGCUUCUAGUAUCAUCAGGCAAGUCAAGGAUCAUAACAGAAGCUGAUUUUUCCGAUUUAUGUAAUUUUAGAGGGCAUUCUUGCACGAGAUUCCCGUCAUCUUGUUCCUUUUUGUAUUAUGUUCUUUGAGGUUCCAUAGUAGCAUGAAAGUUUUUCAACUCUAUUAUUCGGUUAUUAAUGAGAAUUUGUAUGUUUUCAACAA